AAUCGCUACAUAGUUAGUCGUGUAGUUUUGUUAGCUAUGAAAUAAACUGUAAGUCGCAACCAUGACACUCUACAACAGCCAAAUCAAACUUAUUUUCAAAAACCAAACGAUUUUCUUGACCGGGGCAACAGGGUUUCUUGGCAAAGUCAUGAUCGCGAAAUUGCUAACAGACUGUGAAGAUAUUAAAAAGGUCUACAUGCUGCUACGAUCCAAAAAAGGGAAGAACACUGAGCAACGCUUUGAAGAAAUUUUUGAGCAGCCUUGUUUUGAGUUGUUAAAAUCCAAAAGUAAAAACUGGAGAGAAAAAGUUUCGCUUGUUGAAGGGGACUGUGAAGAACCUUUCUUAGGAAUAAGCGACGAUAAUUUGAAAAUUUUGAAAAAUGAAGUUAAUUUUGUUAUCCAUCUUGCAGCGAAUGUAAGGUUUGAUCAGAGUCUGAAAAAGGCUUCUAACAAUGUUAAAUCUACUGCAGAUCUUUUGGAACUGAGUAAGGACAUAGUUAAUUUAAAGUGUUUCGUUCUUGUAUCGACAGCUUAUUCCAAUUGUAUAAAUUCUCACAUUAAGGAAGAGAUAUAUGAUCCGCCCAUCCAGCCCGAGCUUUUAUUUAGUAUGGUAAAUGGCCUAGAAGAGAGUGUUUUGACAAUUUUAACUCCCGCGUUAUUAAAAAAAUGGCCGAACACUUAUGUGUACAGCAAAUGCAUAUCUGAACAUUUAUUGAAAAAUGCAGUGAAAUAUUUUCCAGUAACUAUAGUUAGGCCAUCGAUUGUUCUGAAUUCAAUUGAAGAACCAGUACCUGGGUGGGUUGACAACAUCUAUGGACCCAUUGCCUUAGUGAUUGGAGGAGCUCUUGGUUACAUUAGAACUAUCCAUGCCUACAAUGACAUUUUAACAUAUCUGGUACCAGUGGAUUACGUUUGUAAUUGUAUUUUAGCUGCUACGUGGAAAACCGCAAAAGAAAGGAAGUCUAACGUUACAGUGUUUAAUUACAUUGGAUUUAAAAGGAAACAGCUUACCUGGGGAGAGUUCUAUUCCUACAUGAGUUCAUGGUACUGGAAAAUACCCUUCCAAAACUUAAUUUGGUACAGCGUUUUCAAAUUCAGGGGAAAACUGUGUAACCAGAUUUCGACGUUCUUGUUGCACACGAUUCCAGCAUACCUUAUUGAUGCUGUUCUGUACUGUAUGGGAAAACCAACCACUGCUGUCAAAGCGUACGCAAAAAUCGAUAAAGCUCUUAAGCUUACAUCGUAUUUUACUACCCACAAUUUAAAUUUUGAUGAAGAUAACGUACAACAUUUGUGGACGGAGAUGAGCGAUGACGACAAAACGUUGUUCAAUUUCUCAAUGGAAAAUUUACAGUGGAAAAAUUAUCUUUACGUGUGUCUUCUAGGAUUUAAGCUCUACAUCACAAAGGAACCAGUUGUCGCCAGCACAGAAACAUACGUAAAAUUAUACGCUGUGACGAUAGCCCAUUAUUUAAUUGUUGCAAUGUUCUGUUAUUUAUUGUAUACAUUUUUAACGAUUUUUUUAAAUUCCUUCUGGUAAAAGCGAUAAAAUGUUUGCAAGAAUAACGAUAGUACCUAUACUGAUUUUAGUUGUAGGGUUAUAUAGUGUUAGUGAAUGUGGUGAUUUUCAAUAUAU